AUGACCAUCAGAUGGCUGAAGCACGGCUGUCAAGGUGCAGUAUCCCAACAAAACCCCGAUUCAGGUGAUGCCUCGACAUUGGUGAAUGGCUCUACCCAAGCACAUCUGGAGAACAAAGAAUUGGUAUCAUAUUCUCGUGCUAGGCCUUCUCGCCCAGACAUUACUGUUUCUGACAAAUCUACAAGCCCCAGCCCCAAAGCCAUCAGGUUGAUUCCAGAAAGCCAAUGUCGAGAUCCAUGA